UAUGACCUAUGACAUAUGACAAGCCCUUUUUUUAACAUUGAAUCACCAAGUUUGACUAUCAGGAAUUACCGUUACAGAUAUCUGUAACGUCAUUUUAACUAAACUACAGACAUCUGAAAUUCAGUUUUUACUAGUCAGAACGACGUCACUUUUGCCAUUCAUGUUUAUGGGGUUUGUCAUAGAUAUCUGUAGAUAGCCAUUAUGACCAGUCAUAAUUUAAGUUCGAGUUAUCUCUAAUUAUCCACAGAAUUGAGUUGUAGAUAUCUCAAACUUGAAAUGUGAUGACGUUCUGGAUGUCUGAAAUGUAUGGCCUUAUUUUAACAUUUAUUCGCCAAGUUUGACUAUCUGGAAUUACCAUAACUUAUAUCCGUGACGUAAUUUUAACUAGUCAUAAUUCCAUUGUGACUUAUAUGAAUUGCAGAUAUCUCAAACAAACCCCGUACACAUGAAUGGCGAAAGUCAUUCUGACUAGUAAAACAUUUGAAUCUGAAACUGUAGUUUUGACUAGUACGAAUGAUGUCACAUAUACUAAGUUAUUAUACUAGUUAUAAAAUAUCCAUAGGAGCCGAACGUAAAAAUAAAAAAUGACCGAAACUGAUAAACCGACUUUCACUAAUAACCUGCCCUUCUGUUUACGAUGACGUAGGCGGAAGUAGCUCGUUUGUUAACACUAGCCGGGUGAUUACCUUUCGUGAUAUCCUCUGAUUUGUAUGUCCUUCCCUCCAUUAACAAGAUGAAGGUGAUCCAACAUUCUGCAGAAACCCUGCGCACAGCUCUGCUCUCUGAUCGCCAGGACUUAGUCAAACUUUACAGGAAAUACACGGAACAGGAGCGACGUCUUCUGGAGGAAGGAUUUCAUGCCGGACAGCCGGGUUCUCUAUUCCAACUCAUCACAGUUCACUCUGACUCAGACUGGAUCCCUGCUCACCCUGAGGAGCCUCAGGACUUCAAGAGCUUCUACACAGAUCCUUACAGGAAGAGUCCGGACACAGGACACAACACUGUUUAUAUACAAACCAUAGGUUCUUUUGGAGAGACGGGAGUGCAGACAGACCAGUUUGUGGAGUGGCUCAGAAAAUACUGCCAGGCUUUCUUCACGGGACUCUCUGUCAAGUUGAUGCCACCGGUUACCGUCGCCGAAACACAAUGCUGUUUCCGAGUCAACAGCGACUCUCACAACCUGCAGAUCCUCACCGGUGAUCUGCUACGAUUUCUGGGUGACAGGAAACCCAAACAUGCUUUCUGUAUUGUUGGGAUCACGAUGAUUGACUUGUAUCCCAAAGACUCCUGGAACUUUGUCUUUGGACAGGCUUCUCUCAGUCAGGGAAUGGGUGUUUUCAGCUUCGCCCGGUACGACGACAACUUCUACAGCAGAAACUACGCAGGCAGACUGAAAGCACACGUUAAACUUAAACAGGGAAAUUAUUCCGUGUUUGACGGAUAUUACACUCCUCCCAUCUCCAGCUCUCUGCUGCUGCGAUCAUGCAAGACAAUGACACAUGAGAUUGGCCACAUGUUUGGAAUCAGACAUUGCCAGUGGUUGAACUGUGUCAUGCAGGGAUCCAAUCACCUAGAGGAGUCUGAUCGCAGGCCUCUGGAUUUCUGUCCCGUCUGCCUACGCAAGCUGCAGGUGUCAGUCGGCUUCAACAUCGCCCAAAGAUACAAGGCUUUGCUGCACUGGAUGGAGGACGACAAACCGACCGCCACACCACACGAAGCCUCUGCCUCUCUGCGUCCACUCCACUUACCCAAACCCACUGAAGCUUUUCAUGAUUCUAAACUUUGGCUCCACAGGUGCCUGGACAUACUGGAAAAUAGAUGUGUCUGACUUAUUGUGCACCACAGCAGGCGUGUGAGAGAAUUUUAUGGUCUUUUUAAAAGGUGUCAAAUCCACUGUUAGACAGUAAAAUUACCCAGUAAUGAGUAGUAUAAUGGGAUUUUUUUUUUUUAAUUAUUAUUAUUUUAUUUUUUUAAAACAACAUUAAUAUAACGAUUUACUGUGUCACUAGAUUUCUUUUUUACAUCGUAACCGGUCACAUUCGAAGAAAUAUGUUGAUAUAUGAUUCAGUAUUUCCUUUCACCAGUAAGUGGUGCUUGGCAUGAGCUUCAUGAUUAGAAUACACACAAAAACAACAGAACAGUAAAUAAAAGUAAACAUUUAUUCCAGUUAUUCCAGUGUCUAUGGAUUCUGAAGUUGGUGUAGGAAUUAUGAAAUUCUAAAAUUACAGUGCAACAGAUCCUGCUGUUCAAUUGUAACAUACUAGAGCACUUUAAUUUACACACACACACGUGUGUCAAACAACCCUCUGCACCUCCAGCAACGUUGUGUUUGUGUGUGUGUGUUUGCGAGCAGCUCGAUUUAAAAAAUACAGAUAACAACCUUGGUUGAGGUGAGGAUUCACCGUCCAUACAAAAACAAUUAGUGUGACCUUUCGUAUCAAAACAGUAGUGCAUUUUCAACUCGACAUUAGUCAAAAGCUUGAAAAAAAAUAAACACUUAAUCACAUAAUUCCUGAGCUUCAUGUAUUUAAACUAUGACACACGUGUCAUAGAAUUUGUGCGCUUUGUUUUGAUGCUUCAUUUGCUUGUAAGAAACUAAAAAAUAUUAAAUGUUUAUUUCUUUUUGAA